GAGAAGAGAAUUGUUCAAAGGGCAACUAGUUAUUCCCAGUCAGAAGCUGUUUCAGAAGGUUUUGAAGAGAUAGGGAAAGGGUUUCCGGAUAUUUAGGAACUGGUUAGUUUUGAUAUUAUUCGCAUCAAGAGAUAUUGAAGGUUGGAUUGAUUCCCAGUCACGUCUAGGUUUAAAAUUUUCAGUUUAAACUUUCCAAACAUUCAGGGUUCAACUUGACUACUUGUUUGUACAGACGAAAGAGAAUAAUAAGUAGAAUACAACACCGGCAAUUGUGAGGUUACUCUGUUGGAAACAUUGAUUAGAAGAUCCAUUAUAACCCGUUAUAACGCGUACCCAAGUAUUAAUUAUAUUAUUAUUAUUUAUUUAAGAAAAUCUUUCGUUUUUCAUUGAUUAAAUACAGAAAGAUAAUCAUGGAAUCUCCAUUACAGAUAGGUGAUGUCACUGCUAAUUCGAUACUGAAUAGGUUAGGUGAUACUCACUUGAAUUCAUCGUUAUCCGCAUCGGUUAACUCGGUCAUUUAUUCGGGCCAGAAAUUCUUCCAGUUAACAUUGACAUGGAAAAAGUCAUCCUUGGGAUUGAAUAAAGGAUCGACCAUGCCACUAGAUCAAUCAGUUAUCAUAUUGAGACGUGUUCAAGAUUCAUAUGUCAAUAUAUCACAAUUAUUGCAUAUUCUUGUGAAAACGGGAUUUUUUAACGAAUCUCAAGUUGAUAAUUUCUUGAAGAAUGAAAUUUUAACUAAUUCUCAGUAUACUUCGUCUAAAUCUGAUAAUACUUAUAAGAAAGCGUUAUCAAAAUAUGAUGAUUUCACCAAUCAUAAAGUUGAAGAAAUUAAAGGGUUAUGGAUCCCUUAUGAUAAAUCAGUUAAUUUAGCUUUAAAAUUUGAUUUAUAUGAAUAUGUUAAAAAAUUAUUCUUAAUUGACGUACAUGAUUUCGAAUCAUUCCCAAGAAUUAACUCUUUAGGUCAACAGAAAAGAGGGCCUUUUGAAGAGGAGUCUAAUAAUGAUUCUGCAAAUGCAAGCUUGAUGGGAUCCCCCACCAAGAAACAAAAAUUAAAUAAACAAAUUUCUAAUGACGGUUUAGAUAAAACUACUGAAAUUAAUUUACAAAAGAUAUUCAAAUCGAAUGUUAAUCAUCCUUUCACUUUACCUCCGAUUGUUAAUAACGAAAAGGAAGAAAUAAUUAAUCAAAUUAAACUGAAAUUCGGUGAAGUGUUCAAUAAUCCUAAAAUUACUUUUAAGAAUAUCAAAACAAUUUUUCAACCUAUUUUAAAUGAACAUUCCCAUCCUUUUGAUCAAAUAACAAUAACUGAUGUACCACUAGAUGAUUCUGGUAAAACCGCAUUACAUUUUGCUGCUACUUUAGGUUCCUUGGAAUUGGUUUCUAGUUUUAUUAAACUUUGUAUUUCUUCACCAAUUAGAGGUGAUUCAAAUGGUGAAUCUCCUUUAAUAUCAGCAAUUCAAGUAACAAAUUCAAAAGAAAAUGGUAAUUUCCCAGAAUUAUUAAAUAAUUGGUUAUGGCCAAAUUUAUGGUUAUUGGAUCAUAACAGAAGAUCUUUCUUACAUCAUUUAGUAAUUCAACCAAAAAAGAAUUUUGAAAGUACGAAAUAUUACUUAACAAAGAUAUUGGAGUGGAUUUCAUCUUCAUUUAUUUCAAUUAAGAAUGAAAGUAAUGAGAUUGUUAACUCAUCAACUAAUCAUCAAAAUCUAUUCAAUUUAUGUAAUCAAAUAAUCAACCUUCAAGAUAAAGUUGAUGGUAAUACUGCUUUACAUUUAGCCGCUGAACAAGAGUCAAAAUGGUUAGUAAAUAUCUUAUUAAAACUAAAUGCUGAUGUUAACCUUACAAAUAAAAUGAAUGUUAAACCAAUUGAUUUUAAAAUUGUGUCAGAACUUUUAAAUAAUGAAAAUUCUGACGAAGAUGAUUAUAUUACUAAUUUGGUUCAAACCAGUGUUGAGUUUUUGAAGAAAAGAGAUGAAGUUGAUGAUUUUAAUAUUAAUGAUUCAAAAAAUUUUCAAGAAGAUUUAGUUGAUGAUUUAAUAAGUAACACUCCCAGACCCGUUACCGAUAAUAAAUCUGAUUUGCUUUCAAAUAAGAUCUUUCAAAGUAUUCAAGACUUAUUAUCGAAUACUAAUGCAGAAUAUGAAAAUAUUAUAAAUACAAAGAAAAAACAAGUUGUUAAAUUGAACAAACAAUUACAUGAUUCAACCUUAAUGACUGCUAAUAAUAGAUAUAUGACGAAAAAAAUUAUUGAAAAAUUAUCAGAUUUAGAUAAUUUAAAAUUACAAAUGACAAAUAUAAAUGAUAAAUGUCAACAAUUGAAGAAAUAUUUAUCCGAAGAUGAAGAUUUGGAGAAGGAUGAAAAAUUUAACGCUGACGAAACUUUCAUAAUCGAACCAAUAUAUGAAAAAUUGAUUAAUAAUGAAGAAAUUGAUAUAAACUCGUUGGUAAAUGAUUCAAACUUGACCAAUGCAUUACCUUCACUCUCAACUUUAAAGGCAAGAACUAAAGCUUAUGAAGAAGUUAAUAAAAAAUUACAAAGCGAAUUGAAUGGUUUAUCGGACUACUCAGAACUCACAUCGAAAUUCAAGAAAGUUGUUAGUUUUUGUACAGGAGUUGAUAUAAAUGAAGUUGAUGAGUUGUUGGAUGGCUUAUUAGAAGCUGUCGAGAGUCAACAGUAGCGUAUAGCAUUUGUUUUUCUAAUCCCGUCAUAAAAGAAUUUUACUUCGCUCUUGUUAUUUUAAAUUAUAUAUCUUAUCAAGAAGGAACCUUGAUAAUACGAUAUUUGGC